UCCGGUGCCGCAGUGCACUGUAAGCGUGCGGGGGAGAGAAACUACAAACAGGACAUCGCGGCGCUGUGAACUUUGUAGUGCGGGUCUGACCUGUCGGUCCGUCUGUCUGUCUGUCGGUCAGCUACAGUCUCGUGCAUGUUUCAUCCGCUGUUCUGCGGAACCGGAACCGGACGGCAUGCAGGCGAGGUCCGGGAUUGUUCCAGACCUGGAGGUCGAUGAGGAGUUUACCGAAGAACCGAAAAUUUAUUACGAACUGAAGAGUCAGCCAAUCAAACCCAGUACGCAUCAGUCAGAUCAGCAGUGUUCAUCUCUCUCCUCUCUCUCUUUGUCCCGUGUCCUUCUGCGGCAACAGUUGAUGCGUGAGCAGCUUCAUGAUCAGGAGCGAAGGGAGAACCAGUUUAGAUGCCACACCUCCCCAUAUGAGCCGCCCACUCCAACACAAAGCUCAAUUCAAUACCCCACCCAGACUUCUGCCAUUAAUGUCAGCACCCACGUGGCCCCGCCCACCACCUCACUUGUGCCCCCUGAAGUGCUGAGGGUGAAGACUCAUUUAGAAAACCCCACUAAGUAUCACCUACAGCAGGCUCAGAGACAGCAGGUGAAAGCGUACCUGUCGACCACACUCGACCCAUUUCCCAGCAUGCCGUGUGCCACAUCUGAACCUGGGGGAAUAAACAGCAGCCCCAACAGUCCCAUGGCAUUACUCACCCUCAGCUCCACCUGUAAGAGAGAGAUGGAUGACGUAAUUGAUGACAUCAUCAGUUUGGAGUCAAGUUACAGUGAUAUGCUAGGAAUGUCUUUGGACUCCGCCCUUCACAUGGCCAACACGGUGCCACUGAAUCAGAUGGAGGUUUAUAAUACUCAGAGUUUAGCUCCACCUACCAUUUCCAUCAGCAAUUCCUGCCGUGAGAACCUGCCGAACAUCAAGAGGGAGUUUUAUGCUGCAGAUGCUCGUGCUCUUGCAAAGGAACAACAGAAAAAAGACAACCACAACCUGAUCGAGAGAAGACGGCGAUUCAAUAUCAAUGACCGCAUUAAAGAGCUUGGCACUCUUAUCCCCAAAUCCAACGACCCGGACAUGCGCUGGAACAAGGGCACUAUACUGAAGGCAUCAGUGGACUAUAUCAAGAAGCUGCAGAAGGAUCAGCAACACGCCAAAGAGCUGGAGACCCGGCAAAAGAAACUGGAGAUUGCUAACCACCACCGAAUGGUGCGAGUACAGGAGUUGGAGAUGCAGGCUCGAGCUCAGGGUCACGUCCCUUCACCCCAAGGUGACUGCAACAAGCCCACAGAAGGCCACAUCCCAACAUCUGACCCUAGAACCUAUGUGGUCAUGGCCAAGACUACAGAUGCCAAACUAGAUGCCAUGUUGAUGGAGGACAUGGUGUUGCCCUUAACAACAAGCCUUUCACCAAAGAGCAGCAGCACAAAGAGUAGCGUUACCGUGGAGGAGAACGAGCACACAUGCUAACACUUUAUGGGCUGUCUCAGUGCUGCGUGAUGUUUUAUUUAUCUGUAGUAUUAUUUUAUAUUAAAUUAUAUAUUGUUAGCAUUUUAA